CGGCCGUCCGCCCGCCCACGACGAGCCACCACCUCCAGCAUAGCACUCUCGACAAUCUCCGAUGAGUUAUCCGUUCUUGAUCUAGUGUUCUUCCUCUUUGAUUUCAUCCUUCCUAUUCUGAUCCAGAGACUUGUUCUUGAUUUCUUGAGGGGUAGAUGACAGUAUCGAGCAGUGCUAGUGCUAGCACUAGUGGUAGCAUACGUUCUGAGGCCAUGACCGACAUCACGGCUCCACUGUUGCAUGCUAUUUAUCUUUGCGGUACGUCUCCUCCUUCCUCGCCUUUUCCGGCUACUGUUCCCCUGCCACCAUUCCCGAUCGAUUGAGAGGAGAGGAGAGGCCCAGCCGCGGUCGGAGAUGGGCGGCGCGGCGGCGGGGACCAAGUGGAUCCACCACAUCCAGCGCCUCAGCGCGGCCAAGGUGUCAACGGAGGCGGUGGAGCGGGGGCAGAGCCGGGUCAUCGACGCCUCCCUCACCCUCAUCCGUGAGCGGGCAAAGCUCAAGGCAGAGUUGCUGCGUGCUCUGGGUGGCGUGAAAGCUUCAGCGUCACUUUUAGGGGUCCCUCUUGGUCACAACUCAUCCUUUCUACAAGGCCCUGCAUUUGCUCCUCCCCGCAUAAGGGAGGCCAUUUGGUGUGGAAGCACAAACUCUAGCACAGAAGAAGGCAAAGAAUUGAAUGAUCCUCGGGUGCUAACUGAUGUUGGUGAUGUCCCCAUUCAAGAGAUCCGUGACUGUGGUGUCGAAGAUGACAGAUUGAUGCAUGUAAUUAGUGAGUCUGUCAAAACAGUGAUGGAGGAGGAGCCUCUUCGACCGUUGGUGUUAGGAGGCGAUCACUCAAUAUCCUAUCCAGUGGUUAGAGCUGUGUCUGAAAAGCUUGGAGGACCUGUUGACAUUCUUCAUCUUGACGCACAUCCAGAUAUCUAUGAUUGUUUUGAAGGAAACACUUAUUCACAUGCCUCUUCAUUUGCUAGAAUAAUGGAAGGUGGUUAUGCCAGGAGACUUCUACAGGUUGGAUUAAGAUCGAUUACGAAAGAAGGACGUGACCAAGGGAAGAGAUUUGGCGUGGAACAGUAUGAGAUGCGGACCUUCUCAAAGGACCGCGAGAAGCUUGAGAAUCUGAAACUUGGGGAAGGUGUAAAAGGAGUGUAUGUGUCAGUUGAUGUGGACUGCCUUGACCCGGCGUUUGCUCCUGGUGUCUCUCAUAUUGAGCCCGGGGGGCUCUCAUUUCGCGACGUGCUCAACAUCCUCCAGAAUCUGCAGGGCGAUGUUGUUGCCGCCGAUGUGGUGGAGUUCAACCCGCAGCGCGACACGGUGGACGGGAUGACAGCUAUGGUUGCCGCGAAGCUGGUCCGGGAGCUCACUGCUAAGAUCUCCAAGUGAACCAGUGAGGAUGGCACCAUCUUGACUCCAGAAAGUGGAUUUGUUUCCUGGCAUGCUGGCUAUCGGCAUUCGCUCAUGUGGAUGAGGCAUGGCGGAUUUGACAUGUGACGAGGAUAUGUUAAUUAGGUUGCAGUAAUACUGGAAAGCAAUAAUUGAAAAGUAGUCUCAAUGUAGCAUGGGCUAGAUUCUUGGUGGCGUGCUAUGCUCAUGCAUAUGCAUAUAUACAUAUACUAGACCAGAUGCUCUAAUAGUCAGUAAGUUUCUUAAUAUUUGGAUUGAUUAGGCAGCGGGGAAUACUAAACCAUAUCACUAUUACUCAUUUUUUUACCCGAACACGGCUCCCAGGCCACGUAUCGCGUGUCCGAUACGUGUCAUACACGGAUACGGCACCAAUACGGUGUGGAUACGUAUCCGUGGAGAGAGAAAAAGAAAAUUAUGAAUAAAUAGAUACGUUGGCCGGACAUGUAUCUGCACACUUUUGGGACACGGCCCAGCCCACGAAGCACUUCAGCCUCAUAUCCCCCAACCCCUGCCCUAGCCCACGCAGUCGCUGCCCGAGCCCGACCAGGCGCCCGCCCGCACGAGCGCCGCCGCUGGCCGUCACCGGCGACGAGCCGCCACCCGCCGGCAAGGAGGAGCGCCGGCUGCAAUCUCCGGUGUCAGGGUAUUUGCAAACAGUGACAAAAGUUGUGCUUUGCUGUGGAGUCAUGGCUGCAAAGAUACGUGUAGUGAUGAAGUCUUUUACGAGCCAAAGCAACAAAGUCUCAGGGCUGUUGCCAUACACAAAGAAGGUUGGAUUGCCUGAAUCCCGAGCCUUAUUUACUGUGUUGCGGUCACCUCAUAUUGACAAGAAGUCCAGGGAACAAUUUUCAAUGCAUGUGAAGAAACAGUUUGUGGAACAGAAAGCCGAAAUACAUGAGCUGCACAAGAAGUUGUUCUGGUUAAAACGUCUGCGUAUUCCUGGGGCUCAGUAUGAAGUCCAAAUUUCUUUCAAGACAUGGCUGGAUAAGGGGAGCUUAAAGUCCCUAGUUGCUUGAUGGCUCUUAAAUCUUUCUUACCAUCCCUUAGGUUUGAAGUGGACUGCUGUUCUGUGUUUUGAUGUGGAGAUUGUCAAGCAGAAUUUGCAUCCAUCAAAAUUUCAUAUGAAGAACUGCUUUAUUUGAAGAAUUUCCAGAAAUGCAGCUGAUAUUUAUUCAAAGCUUUUAGAAACCAUGAAACUGCAAUAUGAUGUAAUGCUAUAAAUAUGCUUGAUUGUUGGAGCUUUGUGUGGUACUGUUUCCAAUGCAGCUCAAGCAGACAUCAUGUUCCAUUCCUAUUUGUUUUUUAACUCAUGUUUUUUCUUUGUA